GCGGCCUGCGCCCUGUUUACCCGCGGUGCAUGGUGGGGCGGUCGCCUAGGACAAACCGGCCACCCGACAGUCCCUUGGCGGUGCGGAGCGAGCGCGGAGGCGGCAGCAUGCGCCCGGCCUCCGCAUCCUCAGCGCCUCUGGUGAACCCCGAAUACUACGAGAGGCUGAGUCGCCUCCAGCACGGGCUGCGGGACAGUGAAAAAAAAAGACUGGACCUGGAAAGGAAACUUUAUGAGUAUAAUCAGUCUGAUGUCUGCAGAGUUAAGCUGAAGUAUGGGAAGCUAAAGAGAUACCUGAAAGAAAUAUGUGAAUCAGAAAAGAAGGCUCAUAUUCGAAACCGAGAAUAUUUAAAGCAGUUUGAGCGUGUCCAAGCUCAUGUUGGACAUUUUACUACAAAUACAGAGAAGCUUCAGGAACUGAAGACUGAAUAUGAGACUCAAAUUAAGAAGAUGCAGCUAUUCUCAAAAGAUAGUCCUGGAAUGAAAGGUGAACUGAAAGAUGAAGACAGAGAAAAGGUUGCAAGGCAGGCAGGAACUAACUCGGGGACAGCCAUGUCAAGAGGACUGUAUCAACCAGCAACAAUCUUUAUGGGCCGCCAAAUGUCAGCUGUCUCAAGCUUUGGAGGUUUCAGUACAGAGCAGAAAUCUCCCCAGCCCACAAAGAACUUUUCAAUUCCUGACCCACAUUCAUACCGACAGACAGCCCAGAGCGGUAAUGUGACAGACAGCUAUGUAGUACAAACUAAUAGUGACACACAGCGCUUAAAUAAGUCUGACAAAAUAGAUGGAAAGACGUCUCUUCAGAUGGGUGAGAAAACGCCAGUCACAGCCAGCGCAUUGUGUGAGGAGGAACAAACUCAUUGCUUGCAGAUAGGAAGCAGCACGCGUCACGGCGAGAGUAGUUUAUCUGAAGGCAAAAAGUCUGCUGAACUCCAUUCCCCGCUACGGGAAAGAUUAAGUCCAGAGAACAGAACCACUGAUUUAAAGUGUGACAGUUCCAGCAGAUCAGAAGGAUCAGAGGGAGAAAUACUGACACAGGAAUGUAUUGAAGUCAAAGAAGAAAGAGCCAGACCGCCAGUCUCUCCGCAGUCAGCCUCGGAAUACUGUGCGUCUGUAAAUAAGUGUUCUCAAGAGAAGGAUUCUGCUUGGGAAGGUUUCUCAGAUCCUCUUCCUCCCGGGGACCCAGAGUCACAGAAACCCUUCAGAAAAAUGCGGGCAGAGCAAGAGGAGAAAAGUUGCAGCAGCAGCAGCAGCAGCAGUGAUCUUACAGUCUCUGUAAGUGAAGAUGAUCUGAUUUUCGAGAGUCCAGAACCACAGCCAAAUUCGAGGGACACGACGGAAGGAGAAGAUGGAAUAGAGGCCUUAAAAUUAAUCCACACUGAGCAAGAACGAGAUGCCCUAUCCACCGAAAAACAUAAUUGUAUUUUGCAAACCCUAAGCUCUCCUGAUUCAAAAAAGGAAUCCACCACUAACUCACCAACAAGAGAAUCUGAACAAGCACCAGGUCAGCAUGUUGCCACCUUGAAAGAACAAGAUAAUUCUAUCAGAGAAGAAGUAGCUGAAGUUUUCCCAGUCAAAAAAGUGAACCAGACGACAAGGGCAGCAGCAUUAUUGAAAAAAGCCCCUACAGAAGAGUGUGAUGAUGGGUCAGCUCUUCACAGUAAUGAGUCAUCCUGCAGUGUGCCAUCUAUUCUGAAUGACAAUAGUGGAAGAAAGGAAGCAAAGCCCACUCUGUGGCUCAACAGUGUUUGUACAAGGGAACAAGAAGUUUCCAGUGGCUGUGGAGAUGAGAGCAGGGAAGAGAGCAUGGCGGCAAAGAUCCCCGUCACAGAAACAAAAGCCUACCAGUUGCUGAAGCAGUCUACCCUUCAGGAUAAUAUAAAUCGCACUGAAGACAGAAUCCAAAAAGCAGAUGUUUCUGGGUUACAACUGCCAGGUUUGAACAUUGGCAGCCGUACACUCAAGACAAAGACAGCUAACACUAUCGCCUCGGAGGCUAGUUUUUCAUCGAGCGAAGGAAGUCCUUUGUCAAGGCAUGAAAAUGAAAAGAAACUAACUACCAAUUUAGAGUCUAAAGCCUUUUGGGGUGAGUCUGACGACAGUAACUCAGAAAUUGAAGCUGCUUUACGCCCUAGAAACCUUAACACAUCCGCCGAUGACUUUGAUGAUUUUUAUGACUAAUAAGCAGUAACAAUCUUUGGAAAUAAAGUCAUUAAACAAACUAAAA